AUGACAGACAAUGUCCGCUCCGCACGGCUCAGCAUCGAGCAAGGUGUACGUGUUAAACAGACUCGCAAGUCCUCCUCAAAGCUCGACACUGCUGACUUGGAGAUAUACUUACAGGCUGCGCGGAUUCACAUCUCGGACUCGGGCUCCCCGACGCGUGUCAUCCCUGAGAGAACACUGUCUCGCUACCAGUCAGUCUUGCCGUCUGAUUCGGGUCAAGAUCUAUCUCCAGUCAGACAGUCCUUGGCCGAUUCCCUCCGCCUUCUGCCUUCUUCAAUGACCGGCCACCAGGCCUCCCAGGGUCCCUUUCUGAGUCUCCCUAACACACCCGAACGAAAUGCUUCGGGAGUAUGGGCAUUCCACAAUCCAGGGCAGUCGGAUUUCAUCAUCUGGGAAGAUUCACAACGCCGCCUGUCUCCACCCAGACACGCUCCUAUCUCGUUUUUCGACGUCGAAGAAGACAAAGAAAACAUCUACGCCACGGUCUCAGACUAUGACACCUCGGAGGGCGAAGAAACUACGAGAAACCACCUCGACUGGACACAAGCAGAUCUGAGCCCACGCGAUGUCUUUGGCCUGCCCAUAGGCUCUCAUUUUGGCCGACUAUUGGCCGAUACUUCAGGAGAUUGGUAUGCAGGGGACAUGAUCAGCCGCAAUACGAGCCGCCAUGGUAUCUUCAGCCCUCCAGCUCCUACCCCCACCGUGACAAACUUCCGACUCAACAUGCGAGCGGUGCUGCGUGAUGAAGAUGGAGAUGAAGAUGAGGAGUGGGGUGAUUACUUGUCCAUAACACAGAUCCAAGAACUACAGGAGCUGGGAUCCGUCUACACGCGGAGUGUUGAGCAACGAGCCUAUGAUGACCGUCACCUGCCUAUGCGCGAUGCUAAUGGGCAGGGCCAGGCGAAUGUCUUUCUCGGGGCGCGGCGUGUUACUGAGUAUCAGCGGCACCAGGACCGCCGUCGACAUGAAAUGGAGGAGGAUUAG